AAAAAAUCUCAGUUUAUUAUAGUGACCUAGAGGCGACUGACAUUACUAAAUGAGUGUGUUUUACUUCAAACAUAAUAUCAGAGAACACACACCGCUGUGCCCCCUAGAUGGGGCAGAGGGCGUCCACUGAAGUUUUGAGCUCCAUCGCGAUCUGUCUUGAGCUUCGCGCAUCACCUCGCUCCACGUCACACUGGGGAUGCCAGACCCAGGCGGAUCAUUUCCUGGACAUUUCUAGGGCCACGAACAGAAUCUGAGUUUUGAUGUCCCAUCCGAGACUAAACUGUAAAACUAGGAAUCAAGACAUCAAAGUAAAAUUACUGGACACGGGACAGCACACAACAUUCCGGGACAAUCGCUGAAAAUCCCGGCCAUCUGGCAUCUCUACGUCACACCGAUCCUCGUCGCUUCUGCCAGUGCAGCACCAGGCAGCACCAGGUUAGCUGAGGACGGCCACGCUUUCUUUUAAGAAGACUUCCACCAUAUUGACUGACUGACAUUUGACUGCACGGUUGGCGCGGUGGCUGGGCAACUGGCUGCCGUGCAAUGUGUAGCGGAACGGAGCAACUCUUUGUGUGAUCCACAUAUUGUUGUUUCGGGUCUAGGUGUCAUGUGUAUGUGAACUUGUAUGUUUGUAAACGCACCCACGACACAGGAGAAAAUCCUGAUGAGGGGCAACGUAUUUUUUUAAAUUUAAAUUGAAAAAAAAAUAUUGACAUUAUUGUUCGCAUCAACUUAUUUCACAUUCACACGCCGUUACUAUGAACGCGAAGGAAUAUAAAAAGCGUCCAGGAACAUCGGGCAUUCAAGGGCAACUAUAUGAAACGAAACUCCUUAGUCUCAUUAACUUUAGAGCUUUACACAACGACACAACGGAAAACUUCCAUCUCGCAACAAACAUUGAUGAAAUCGGCACAUUUGACGAUAUCUGCCUAAGAAUCAAAGCAUCUGAAUACGAUAAACCUAUAGCUGUAUUUAUCCAAGCAAAACAUCGUGAAAACGAUAAACUAUUCACUUUUAGCAACAAGAAUGAUUUAGCUAAAUAUUUCGACAGUUAUCUGAGAAUCAGACAUCUGUUCAGUCCUGCGAAUAAGAGCCCGAUUUUUGGUGGUAAAUACGAAGAUGUUGAAUGUUUUUUUGCUAUGUACACUACUGCAAAAGAUGAUAAUAGGACUGAGUUAUAUGACGGAGAAUUUGCUGAUUAUUUAAAUGAACUUAUAGGAACAGGAGAUGCUUGCCUACAACCUGUUUAUGAAGAUGAGCAUUUAGAUUUUCUAUGCAAGAUCGUAAUGAAAGAAGAAAUAGUUAGCUUAGCGCUUAAUAUAGCUAAGUUUAUAACUGAACAAGGUAACACAGAGCUAUCACUGAACAAUGAUUUGAUACUACGCUAUCAUGUGUUGCUAGCUCAUAAUGUUUUUGAAGUAUCGGAAAUUCAAACUGAAGGCUAUCGAAUUGUGCAAUUUAGAGAAGAAUUCUUCGAUUCUAAAAACGAAUUUGUUGUUCUAUUUAAAAACUUGCUAUGCUUGGAAGUUUUAAAGAGAAAUAGAACACAAACCAAUGAUGAUAAUACGGUUAAUGCAGAUUCUAUUCUAUCAGACUUUCUAGCCGAACCUAAGGAAGAAUUACUAACAAAAUUAAUAGGCGAAGUUAUAACAUACAAGGAUGAUAAGUUACAAUUCAUCAACAAAACUACUAAAGAUGAUUUAAAACGCAAACUUGAUAAAUUAAAUGUACCACAAGCUGUUGUUUUUAAUGCAGCUGUGAUUGGAGCUAAAGAAUACUUACAAACCCUUAAACUGAAGGUACCAGCUCUUUUUGGCAACAAAGACUUAGCCAUAAGAGGUAAUGAUGCGAAAAUAGACAAAAGACUAACACAUUUAACGACAAAAUUCGUGGAAAUAUUGGAAAAUGUGAAGGCAGAUAAUGUAGUGACGAUUGAUGAAAGUCUUGGUGAUGGAUUUCUGCAGCUAAAUGGAGGAUUAUCAUCAGCUGUCGGUAAUAUAUUAGUGUUUGAUGAUGAUACAACACUUCUAAGAUUCACAGAUGAUUACGAUGCUCUAGGUGACAUAGCCAAGAGAUGGUAUAACAAAUUAAAAGAGAAAAUCGACAAUCUAAAUGAAUAUAAACUAGACGUUAAAGUGAAAAAGUUUCCAAAACUCUCUUUCAAAAGAGGUGAAUACGAUGUGAGUUUAGUAAGAGAUUUUUACAACAGAUUACUCUUUUUCACCAACCAAUCAGAUCAGUGUGGAGUAGAAGAUAUACUAAAGAGAGAAAUAGAAGAACAUCCGUGCAAUGACGUCCACAAUUUCAGAGUGAGAUCCGACGUAAUAUUUCUGAGGUACCACGAUGAAAUACAGAAACUAUGGAUGACUCCAAAAGUGGGAUCAUAUUUGACGAAAAAGAGCAAAAUAUAUGACAAUGCUGUUGCAAACGCUAUGAGUGAACCUUUAAUUGGAGUUUUAAACACGGUGCAUAGAUUUAAAAACAAAGAUUAUGUAUUCAAAGAAGCAUCUCUGAAGAUAUUCUCAGAACGUGAUGUUACAGGAGCCGUUAUAGCAUCAAGAAGCCCAGUACUAACAGUAGUCAAAUUGCAACAGUGUUUAGGCAAAAGGGAUCAUACUGUAUUAGAUUUAGAAUACAUUUUCAAACUCCCUCUCAAGAGUUAUACGAUGUUUUGCAAGGAAUUAACUGGUUGUAAGGAUAAAGUCAUUAUAAUUCUAUCGAAUCGUAUACAAAGCUUUAGAAGUUUUAACAAGAAGUUAGAAAAUAUAGUAAAGGCUGUGAAUGGUAAACCAAUUGUUAUAGUUGUUGAUAAGCCUUCAAUAGAAACUAUAAUGGAAUAUUUCCCACAAGUUAAUGAUACGGUAAAUGACGACCCAAUCUCUCUCAUAGAUCUGACAGAUGAAUCUCAAAAAAAGGUCCUAGAAGCUGCUAAAGCGAAGUUUCAAGGUUUAGAUGUCAAUUUAGAUUUAAUAAUAGAUACAGAAUCUGCUAAAUUAAUAGAUGAAACUGUACUAAAUAAUAUUAUUGAUGGUAAAGUUAUUGAAAUAGGAAAUACAAUCAUAGAUUGCAACUAUGAAAAGAAUAAAGAGUUUUAUAUAGACAGGAGAGUGAGUCGGAAAGAGAAGCAAGAAGAAGAGACAGUAGAAGUAAAAGAAGUAUUGACACAAACUCUAUAUGACUUACACGACGAUGUUGUUCUAAUAACAGCCUUACCAGGUAUGGGCAAGUCCACUUUAAUGACUCAUUUAUCGUUGAAAACAAAGGAAAUAAACCCUAAACUGUGGGUAUUAAGGAUCAAUUUGCUGGAGCAUACAAAGGUUUUGAGUGAUUGGAAAGAUGGUGGAACUGAUAUAAAUAUGCUUGAGAGUUUGAAAUUCAUGUGUGACGUAGCCGUUUGUAAGGAUAACGAAGAAUUUAAUCAAGAUGACGAUUUCAAAAUUGAACUAGAAGAAGUACUUGGAACGGUAAACUUGAAAAACUGGAACGGAGACAGUAUUACAGAAUUUAAACUUAAAUUAUUUCUCCAUUACUACAACACACAGGAUUUGAUCUUCAUUUUCGAUGGUUUCGAUGAAAUAUUUCCACACUACGCCGAUCAAGCGUUAGCAUUAGUGAAAUCAGUUAGGGAUUAUACGAAAAAACAUAAGAUUUGGAUCACAAGUCGUUCAUUUAACGACAUAAAAUCUAUCUUGGAAGCGGAAUUUGGACCUUCGUAUGAGAUCGAGCAUUUUACUCGGCUGGAGCAAGACAGUUAUCUAUUCACGUAUUGGCAAUCGAAAUUGCAGUUUAAAAAGCUGAAUAGCGAUCAGUUACAGAAUGUGAAUAGUUUUGUUCAGUUCAUACAGAAGCAUUUGCCGACAGGAGACUUUUGCCUGCACAGCAAAAUUCAACACACAACAUAUUUUAAAGUGUACCUUAAUUUUUUGGAAUAUUUGAAAAAGCAAUCAAUAGCCACCGGCAUUGAAUUCUCUUAUGACGAUUAUAAUCAUCACAUGCUUAAAUUCGACUCAAGAAAAAGUGUUAUAUCAUAUUUUAACAAUGAUUUGAUUGCACCUCCCCUGCAUCUUUAUUUACUGGCCGAAUAUUUCCUUAACAAAAUUAAAAAUGUCGACAACAAUGAAAACAAAUGGGAUUUUUAUAUAACAGGCUAUAUUUUCUACGAAUACUACACUGAAACUAAGCUUAAAAGGAUUAGGUUUCAAGAGAAGAACAAAAUUGAUGUGUAUAAGCCUGAUAAUAAGGUUGCUUAUGAAAGAGAAAGGUUAGAAUGCAUUGAUAAGCAUAAAAAAUUGGGCGCUUAUGCCAUAUUUUACCCUAAAAUCAGCAUAUUUGAAGCAGCAGAACUUGAUGAAAUAAGAAUAAUGAUAGAGGAUUUGAAAGAUGGAAGGGAUAAAACCGGUUUGAUUCGGACUGUAGCAGACAAUAUACCAAUAUUCGUACAUAUGUCGUUUGCUGAGUAUUUCGCAGUAGAAUACAUUUGUGAUCAACUUAAGUCAAAAGACACAGAAGAGAUGCAAGAGUUACUAUGGCGAUUCAUUAUCAAUGUUAUGUUCUGCCGAUGCGACAUGAACAUUUUCGACAUAUUUAUCACGAAAUAUAAAAUGGAUUCUCAGUUGAUUGAAAUAGCGGAGCGGCAUAAGACCAUGAUUUGUCAAUUGAUGUAUGAAUUACGAAAUUUCGGUAUGGUUACUAGAUGGUCAGAUUAUGAAAGGGUAGACAAAAUAAGUCGCGGUAUUGAUUACACGAAUACGGAUAGAUGUGUUUUGCUCACUGUAACUUAUUCCACAUUACUGGAAUCUGGAGAGGUUGACGAGAGUUCGUGCCUGGACUUUGAGAGAUUCUUCAAAUUCUUCUAUUUAGUUCCCAGCAGCAAUGAGGCGUCUGGUUUAGUUGCUGUAAGAGUUUGAUACCUUAUUUUUCUCGAAGCUACACUUUGGAACGAGCACCUAGCUUCACUGACAGACAGAGUGACGGACAAUUCAAUUUGAUCUUUCAAAAGUGCCUAAUUUAGGAUUAAUUGAAAUAGAUUGAUUUUGACUUUGCUGACGGGAGGAAACCUUCAAAAGGCGUCUAGCUUUUUGAGGAAAAAACUAGGGAGUGUGGGAUUUUUACCUCCCCGGUGGUCACCAUCUACACCUAAAGGAGGUAC